UUUAAAAAAGUUUUCCGAACCUUUUUUUCCCAAAAAAAUCGAUGUUUACGUACGCUCAACUAGUUGCCACCGGUGGCGUUGAAGCGAAGGAAGAGUCUGCCGACGAUUGGCCACAAAUCGAUCCACCGAUGGACCAGUGGCCUCCACUGGUGCAGCAGGACAAAAAGUGUCUUGCGAUGCGCGCAUUCACCUCGCGACACAACAACGCUGAAGCUAGACGCGUAAUGCUGCGAUGGACCAACUGCAUGCUACUUCCGGCCUCCGAAGUCAGCCGACAGCUCGACGCGACACAACAAUGCUGGACGACUUGCGGGGUGAAUCGAACUAAGCAUCUGCGCAGUGGAGGAGCUCUAUCGCUGGAUUUUUCGCGCUACUUCCGGCCUCCGGAGUCAACCGAUAGCUCGACGCGACACAACAACGCUGGACGACUUGCGGGGGUGGAUCGAACUAAGCAUCUGCGCAGCGGAGUGUGUUUAGAUGACGGUAGUGAUGAUUAAAAUUAAAGAUUAAUAAAAUCUGAAAGAA